GCCCCGGCGGGGUCCAGCGGGCCGCCCGGCCGGGUCAGCACGGCGGCGCCGGCGGGCUGCGGGCUAGGCCGAGGACGGGGACGAGGAGGAAGUGGCGGCAGCGGCGGGACUGCGCGCCCGUAGCCCCGUUCCGCGUCCCCGCCGCCGGGAGGAGGUGCCCGCAAGCUCGCGGCGCGCGCCGGGCCGCCAGACUCGGCCUGUGGGCGAUUUCCUCCGGACCCCAGCUCCCCGCCCGAAAAGGAAGAUGCAGACCUUUCUGAAAGGGAAGAGAGUUGGCUACUGGCUGAGCGAGAAGAAAAUCAAGAAGCUGAAUUUCCAGGCCUUCGCCGAGCUGUGCAGGAAGCGAGGGAUAGAAGUCGUGCAGCUGAACCUUAGCCGGCCAGUCGAGGAGCAGGGCCCCCUGGACGUCAUAAUCCACAAGCUGACCGAUGUCAUCCUCGAAGCCGACCAGAACGACAGCCAGUCCCUGGAGCUGGUGCACAGGUUCCAGGAAUACAUUGAUGCCCACCCUGAGACCAUUGUCCUGGACCCCCUUCCCGCCAUCAGAACCCUGCUUGACCGGUCCAAGUCCUAUGAGCUCAUCCGGAAGAUCGAGGCCUACAUGAAAGAUGACAGGAUCUGCUCACCACCCUUCAUGGAGCUCACGAGCCUGGGCGGAGACGACACCAUGCGGCUCCUGGAGGAGAAUGGCCUGACCUUCCCGUUCAUUUGCAAAACCAGAGUGGCUCACGGUACCAACUCUCACGAGAUGGCCAUCGUGUUCAACCAGGAGGGCCUGAGCGCCAUCCAGCCGCCCUGCGUGGUCCAGAAUUUCAUCAACCACAACGCCGUCCUGUACAAGGUGUUCGUGGUCGGCGAGUCCUACACCGUGGUCCAGAGGCCCUCGCUGAAGAACUUCUCCGCGGGCACCUCAGGCUCCUCCCCAGGACCGUCUCUCGUGCCCCCCGUCUGGACUGGCUCUGGUCGGAGCGGUAGGAGGACUUUCGGGCACACCAGGGCGGCAAGGGGCCUGCAUGCCCCGCUAGCGGGAAGGAUGCCAGACCGUGAGUCCAUCUUCUUCAACAGCCACAACGUGUCCAAGCCAGAAUCGUCAUCGGUGCUGACCGCGCUGGAAAAGAUCGAGGGUGUCUUCGAGCGACCGAGUGACGAGGUCAUCCGGGAGCUGUCCCGGGCCCUGCGGCAGGCACUGGGCGUAUCGCUCUUUGGGAUCGACAUCAUCAUCAACAACCAGACGGGGCAGCACGCCGUCAUCGACAUCAACGCCUUCCCAGGCUACGAGGGCGUGAGCGAGUUCUUCACGGACCUCCUGAACCACAUCACCACCGUGCUGCAGGGCCAGAGCGCGGCCGCGGCAGGCACGGGGGACGUGGCCCCGCUGCGGCACAGCAGGCUCCUGGCGGAGCAGGCGGGUGGCCUGGCGGCCGAGCGGACGUGCAGCGCCAGCCCCGGCUGCUGCAGCAGCAUGAUGGGCCAGGAGCCGCCCUGGACGGCCGAGGCCGACGUGGGCGGCGUGGGCGCGGGCAGCACGUCCAAGCUGCCGCACCAGAGACUCGGCUGCACCGCCGCCGUGUCGCCCAGCUUCCAGCAGCACUGCGUGGCCUCGCUGGCCACCAAGGCCUCCUCCCAGUAGCCACGCACGGGGCCCGGGACCCUGAGGGGCAGCGCGGGCUGCAGAACACACACACGCUGGGCGAGCAGCUCCCGACGGUGACGCUACUACUAAGAAUUCCCAAGGAUCUGAUUCUCCUUCUCCUUCUUUUUUUUUUUUAAUUUUUAACCUGAUUCUCUGAUGUCAUGAUCUACAUGAGGGGUGGGGGUGGGGACGGAAGAGAACCCCAAGUGGUCCAGCCUCGCGGAAGAGGGACAAUCCCGCCUGAUUCCUGCUGUGCAGAUCUCUCCACUGAGUUUACACACGCUUGUGUUUUCAACACUAGGUCUGAAUGUGAGGUGGGGUGUGCAUGCGUGCGUGUGUGGGGGUGUGCGUGCGUGUGCGUGGUCGCCGUGCGUGUGUGAGUGCCCGAGCACGUCCACGUCUGUUCUUCUCAAUGGCUGCUGUGGCCCAGGCCUCGGGGACCCUGGAGCAGGCCAUCCCUGGUCAGGCUGUCGGCGGCUGAGCAGAGCCAGCAAACAGUUGCCCGUCUCUUCUCUCCAAGCCGCCACGCCAGGCCCGGCCCCGUUUCCCUUACCGCUGGCUUAAAGCCCCAUCCGGUGUGCAGCUGCCCCCUCCCGAAAGCAGGAGGAGCCAGGGGAAGCAGGAGGCCCCAGCUACCAUUUCCUUGUGGAUUCCACGCAGGGAGUCUGGGCUGUGGUCCACCUGCUGCCCGCUCACGAAAGCAGAGGAGGAGGAGGCUUCCCUGGGAAGGCCACAGCCCUGGGUCGGCUGCCUUUCUCCACGUGCAGCUCCCUGGAGUCCACUAGGCCCGUCAGCACGUGUCCCACACAAUGGGGCCUCCUUCCCUGACCAAGCGCCACUGCUCCCUGGACCCGGGAGGAGCCUGCCUCGCUGGGAACCUCUGGGCUGAUCCUGCUUGUGCCAAGGAUUUGUGCUGUGACUUUGGGCCAAUCAUUCCAAGAGUCGCCGGGCAGUCAUGACCAGGGAACUCAAGGGCAGGCUUGACGCCCUAGCCCCUACAGUGCAGCCUGUGUCUCCGUGACGUCAACCCAGAUGAGCGUCUCCUUGGCAUCGAGGCGAUUUGGGGCUCUCCCCCCAGGCAGGAGGAGGCUGCACGUUGCUCCACACCUGCCCAGAAGGCCUGAUCCACCCCUUUCAUGCUCGCUGCCAGCCCCAAGCACUAAGCCAGCCAGGUGCGAGGGGGCUCGCAGCCCCAGAGGCAAGAAAGCACAUUACCCGCUUCUCCUAUUAGAGUCACCCCCGCCCCUGAUGGCAGCAGACAGACCACCAGCUGAUCAGUCCAAGCCCGAGGUCCAGGCAGGCUGGCAGCCCCCUUUGCAGAGAAGGGGGUCAGUCCUCGGGCCGUGUGACCAUCCGGCGGGAUGCAUGGGGACCCCUGAGCAUAGCCUUGUGUCUUCUCUCAUCAGUCCCUCUUGAGGAAGAGGAACAGGCCUCUGGGCUGUCCUGCGUGGUCCAGGGAGGAUGGACUGAGAGCGGCCGCUGAGCUGGGCGCUCAGACACCUUCAGGCCUGGUCAGCAGGGACGUGGCGGUUGCCCACUUUGGGAAAGGAAGGGCUGGGGGGAGGGCGGCUGCCAUCAGAAGUGCCCAGCUGUCCUAGAAACCACGGGCCCUCCGACCACCGUGUUUACACGACUUGAGUGUUGAACCCUGAUUAUAAUGUCUGUACGUCGCCUUUCCUAGCCUAACCCCAAGCGCCGGGGGAGCAGGAAAGCGUGGCCGGCCUCUUGCACUGCUUUGUCUCCAAAAUAAACUACUGAAAUCAAA